UCAUGGGGCCCCCGGGCAAUAGGGAAUCAUGGGGCCCCUAUGUCCUUGCCCAAACUCAAGAAAGCCUAUGAAAAAGGUACCAGGGGCACCUCAUGGGGCCCCCUGCUGCCCUCGGUAGUGCCCGAGUUUCCAAAUGGUCAGUCCGCCCCUGCUCUGCAUAGCCGAGCCAUACAAAAUAGUGUGCUUAGAGUGAAGCACACACACAGCUCCCAUAGUGAAACAGCACACAGCACACUGCACACAAUGUUAACCCCUUCCUGCCCAGUGUCAUUAGUACAGUGUCAGUGCUUUCUAUUAGCACUGAUCACUAUAUUGAUGUCA